ACGAGGCAGAAAAUGAAAGUCUGAUUGUUUCUGUUGGCCUCUUCCUGCUGAUGGACUGAUCUCUUUCUGUCACUUUGCAGAUCGGCCUGUGGCACUCUGAAGAUGGACUGUCCAUGGAGAAAACUCUUCCAUCAAUCAAUGUGACAGACACCCUGUUCAACACCACUCUUACCAUCACAACCAUACUGGGUUUCUGUGUGGACAUGCUGAAGGAGCUGGCCGACAUCCUCAAGUUUAAAUAUCGCAUCCGACUGGUGGCCGACGGAGUUUAUGGCGUUCCCGGAGCGAAUGGAACGUGGACCGGGAUGGUUGGAGAGCUCAUCUCACGGAAAGCGGACCUGGCAGUCGCAGGUCUGACCAUCACUGCUGAGCGUGAAAAGGUGAUCGACUUCUCCAAACCUUUCAUGACCCUCGGAAUCAGCAUCAUGUACCGCGUCCACCUG